AUGGAUUUACAAAAUAAAUAUCAAAUAUUAGCAAGUGAAUUUUCUAAAGUUCGAGGACAAGUAACUGUUUUGAAAAAAGCUGUUCUUGAUGAACAAAGUAAAAAUCAACAAUUACAAGAAGAUGUAAAUCGAAGAGAUCAAAAUUUAAGACGAAAUGGACAAGAAAUUGAAACACUUUCAUUUCUUAACACACAACUUCAAUCUCGUCUUGAAAUUCUUCAACAAGAGCUUAAUGAUUUUGGAUCACAUUCAAAAUUAAAAAAAUCAAAUAGCAAUAAAAAUUUUCAAACUAGUAAUAAUCCUUUCAAUGAUAAUGUACUUGCGCAAGAACUUGAACAGAAAAUCAAACAAUAUGAAACAAUUCAUCGACGAGUUUAUGAGUUAGAAAAGCAAAUAGCUGAUACCGAAAAUGAACGAUUAGCUAAUCGUUCGAAUAUUGAACAGUUACAGAAUCAAAUGGCAGAAAUGCAAGAAAGUCAUCAAAGAGCUCGUGAUGAAUAUGAAAGAAUUUUAAAACAAAUCAAACAAGAAAAUGAAUUACUUAAUGAACAAGUUAAACAACAUUUAACUGAAAAACCAUCUUCUACUGUUGUUAGUCGAAAAUCAUCUACUUUAACUGCACCAGUCAAAACAGUUAAUGAAUUAUCUCCAUCUCCUCAAGCGGAAAUAUUUUUAUAUAAAUAUUUAAAUGCAUGGCGAGAUGCAUAUACUGAAUUAACGAUUUAUAUUGAAGAACGAUUAAAAAAUAAUAAUCGAUCAUCAGAAAAUAAUGAAAAAAUGGCUCAUACAGCUAAAGCUUUUCAACAACAUGCAGAAAAUUUUCUUGUUGAAUUAAAAAUACGUUUGUUUGAUGGACAAUGUUCAUUAGAAUAUGAGAACACGACAGGUUUUGCUGAAUUAUUUAGUAUGUUUGUUUCAUCCUGUGAAAAAGUACUUGCUUUUGCUAUUAAAAGUGUGUGUGAUGAACCAAAAAUGAGUUCAUCAUCAGACAAUCAAGAGAAGAUUUGUGAGAAAAUCAAUAAAUUAAAUGAUGUACUCAAUCAAUUAUUUCAACGAUGGGCACAGAAUUUAUCACAAUUACGUGAAAUAGCUGCUGAAAUUAUUCAAUAUGAUUUAUCUUCACCAACGAUAGCUGAUGAACUUCAAAUAAAAGUUACUGAAAUGUUUUCGAUAUUUCAAGCAGGUGCACUUAUUCAUUGUGAUCUUGAUAAGAACUAUAAUGAUAAAUUAUGUUUGGAAUAUGAAUUAACUGCUUCUCCUGUACAUUUAACAACGACUGAUGAAUGUAUAUUAGCAGCAUUGAGAAAAUUAGCAAGUCUUGAACAACAAAUUGCGCAAUUAAUUCGAGAAAAUCAAACAUAUCUUUUUGAAUUACAAAAACGACAGAAAGAAAUGUUACAACAACAAGAAGAAAAUUUACUUUUAGAUUUUUCCGAAAAUUCUCAUCAACAAUUAUCUAAUGUUCAGAAAAAACAAAUACUUUGUAAUGCAGAAGCAAUUGGUACACUCGAACAAGAAAAAGAACAUUGGCGUUUGGAAUAUCAAUUAUUAAAAAUAAAAUUUGAAAAAAUGCGUGAUGAUUAUUCGAAACAAAUUGAUGAAUUAAAAGAUAAAACAAAUCAACCAAUAACAACAAAUGAACAAAUCGAUGAAAUUAUUUCGACUUCACCAACAACUUCAACAAUCAAUAUUCAGCGAGAGUCUCGAACAAGUUCUGAUCCACCGAGUGAACGUGAAAUGAUGAUAAAACAAUAUUAUUCACAAAAAGUUCUCGAUCUAGAAACUAAAUUACAAUUGGCAAAUGGCAAAGGAAUUGCAUUUUAUAAUGAAUUAGCAAAUAUUCAUCAACGCUUAAGACAUUCCAAAGAUCAAGAAGCUAAAUGUCGAACUGAAAUUGAACAAUCACAAGUAGAAUUAACAAAAAUGAAGGAUGAAUUAUCCACAACAACGAAAGGAUAUGAAGAACAAAUAGUGACAAUGACGGAGCAUUUAGCAUCUAUGAAUGAACAGAUUACAUCACAGAAUGAUAAAAUUGGUAGACUUCAACAUCAAUUACUUACGAAUCCGAAGGAUGGAAAAAAAAGCAAAAAAUGA